UUUUCGAGAGUAACAUUUUACAACGGAAUAGCUCCAAGAAUCGUCUAAAAGCAUUUACAAACACAAUAGUGUUUGUUUAUAUCCAAGGAGACUGAAAUGACGUGACCUGCACUGAGGGUAGACGCCCAUGAAAGUACACCUACUAUUGCAUCUCCCCAAGGACUGUACGUACACCCAGUACUGAACCUUCACAUGGGCUGGACGGACACCCAUUACUGAACCUCCUCUCGGUUUGGACCUCCACACGGACUGGACAUAUUACCUAGUACGGGACCUCCACACGGAGUUCAUUGGUCAUGAUGAGAUCUAGACGGGGCGUGUGUGGAGGACGAGGCUGUGUGCUGGUGCUGGUGGUGUGUGCAGGAGGAAUCCUCCUGGUCCUUCCUAGUUGCUACCAGUUCUUCCUGCACACUCUGGCUCAACUGCAUCAACUGAUGUCCAUCCUUCAACAUCCUUCUGUCUGUCAAUACCCGUCUUUUUUCUACAAUGAAACAGAGAUAAAAGGCAUUAAUUCAAGUGUAGUGUCUGCUGGGAGAUGUCUGCCACAGCCUCGCUAUCUGCCUCUGCCUCAAGACAACCAGCAAGAUGGAUCACACCACAACACCUGCCUGACACAUAGACCCUACACUGGCCAGCUAAAGAUCUAUGUGAAAGGACUAAUGGUCCCUGU